AUGGUGAGCGGGGCGGGAAACAACGACGGCGACAAGUCUGAUUCGCCUACCGACGCGUACACACCGGUGUCGGUUAAGGAUCGCGUAGCGGCGUAUAGCAGACGUCGCAAUGGCGACGCACAGCUAAGCGCUUCUGGUCGCCGUUUGCCUCAUUUUCCUCCGACAUCAGCCAGUGGAAUCCAGCCCCCGAAGGUCGACGGGAAGGAGACGCCGUUGGGACCCCCGCCCGCAACGCCUAACAAAUCGCACAACCGUGCGCGCUUUAUGCCCCGUAAGCUGCAGUCACCGGAGAAGGACGACUAUCGUGACCUAUCUGCGCGCCCGGUGCGCAUUUUUGUGGGCACGUGGAAUUGUGUCUACCAGGAACCGGAAGAGUCUGUGAUCCUUAAGCCCCAACAUAAAGAGUCAAACUGGACGGAUCGACUGCUUCACACCGCAGAAUCGGUAUCGCAUUGGAUCGGUAACGUUUUCACCCGUACCGGUCGCGACCACGGCGACGGCGCUACCGAUGCCGACGGAAGUGAAGCACACGUCAUCCGAAAGGAGUCAUCUAGAGACACGUCAGAUGGCCAGAACACAAUCGCAGAUGACGCUAACAGCCGCGGCACAUCUCCAGACAGGGUCACAUCGCGGUGGCUGAAGGGAGGCGCAAAGCCCGGUGCGCCGGGGGCUUCCAACACCACCAGUGCCGAAGCUACGCCGGAAGCAUGUAGCACCAAUUAUUCAUUAGCGGGAAGCGUAGAACAAAGCGUGCCUAGCCCGAAUCGAUCCAGUGCUGAUUCGGCCAGCUUGCCUUCUGGAUGCGCGGCUCCGUCGUCGGGCGGUCCGCACAUGCUUUCCAAGACACCCACUGUAUCGUUCGGCAAGCAUCACGAGGCAUCAACGUCUGACUGUUCAACGACUCCUUCACCAUGUUCACGUACUUCCGGGAGCUCGUUCACAGUCGAAAAUGUGUCGCCGAGGCCCGCACUGGCGCGUUUAACAAGGAAGGCCAAGCUUGGCAAAACACCAACCGACUGCCCGGCGAUACCGGGAAUCUUGCGCCAGUCGACAUUCCAGCUGAAGCCUCUCACGCCAGAUGACGAGGAGCCUCUGCGGGACUGGAUCCCCGCCGGCUACGACGUGUACAUCAUAUCACUGCAGGAGACGCUUUCGUGCAGCAUGUUUGUGUCCAUCACCAAGUACCUGCAACGCCAGUCCAAGGAAGAAUUGGUGCGCGUGCCCCUUGAGGAGUACAAGUUGUCGGGUUACGGAGAUGGCGCGUUCCUCCACACGAAGAGCACCAGCAUUGCCGUGUGGGUGCGCAAGUCGUUGCUAGAUUCAGGCGUGGCAAGCGUGGACGUAUCUAAGGCCAUUCCUCUAAGCCGUAUCAACCGCAGCAAGGGCGUUGUGAGCUUCCGGAUGUCUCUGUGUGGCCAGGUGAUCUGCGUAGUUGGCUGCCACCUCCCGACGCGCUACAGCGCUCGUGAGAAAGCAGCGACAUACAUCGUUCGGAAGCUUUGCGAUCUGUACGGAGGCCAGGGAUCGACUAUCGAUGAGGUUUUCCACCACGUGCUUUGGACGGGCGACUUCAACUUCCGCGUGACAAACGUGUCUGCAAACGAGGCACUCGUAUUUCUGAACGAGAAGCGCCUGCAGGAGCUCUUUUCUCACGACGAGCUCUACAAAGGCUCGGCGUCAAUGUUCGCGGCGAUGAAAUUUGAGGAGGGCGUGGUCCGUUUUUACCCUACGUAUAAGAAGCGCGACGACCGCGACGUUGCGGACUACGCGAAGGAGGAUUGGGCGGAUGCGGAAUACCACACUCGCUUCGAAACGCAGUGGUAUAAGGGCGGAAACGUGAAGGAGAGGGUUCCCUCGUGGACGGAUCGCGUGCUCAAGUGGUCGCUGCCCCCGCUGCGAACCUGCCUGCAGAUCGACGAAGCCACGUACUCCGCUGCGCAGCCCAAGGUGAAGAAUCUGCUGAUGACAAGUGACCACUCCCCUGUGGGCUGCGGUUUAGUGCUGUGGCCUCUGCGCAGCUCGGCGAACUUGCUUCCGAGGAAAAAUCUCGGUUCAACGUAUUAG